AGUGUUAAAGACACACCCGUUUUGCACACAUCUCUCCAACACAGAAGCCGUAGGCUAUAAUAUAUCAGGUGAUCAGUUGAGAGAAACCGAAACUUUAGUGUUAUUGAACUGUUGUUUGUCGCUCUUCAUCUGUGUGUACUUGCAGUGAAAUGGCGGAUACUACUUUUUCUCAGGACCAGUUCAGCUGUUCAAUCUGCCUGGAUCUCCUGAAGGAUCCAGUGACUCUUUCCUGUGGACACAGUUACUGUAUGCACUGCAUUACAGACUGCUUUGAUCAGGAAGAAGAGAAGAAAGUUUACAGCUGCCCUCAGUGCAGACAGACAUUCACUCCGAGACCGGUGUUGGGAAAAAAUGUAGUGCUUGCCGAAAUGUUAGAUAAACUGGUGAAGCUAAAACUCCAAUCUGUGGAUCCUGCUCAGUGUUAUGCUGGACCUGGAGAAGUUGAGUGUGACGUCUGUACCGGAAGAAAGUGCAAAGCUGUCAAGUCCUGUCUUGUGUGUUUGGAGUCUUACUGUCAACGCCAUUUUGAACGUCAUGAGGAAUUUCGUUCAGGAAAGCAACACAAAAUAACCGAUGCCACAGGACGACUCCAGGAGAUGAUCUGUCAUAAGCAUGAUAAGAUUUUAGAGAUUUAUUGUCAAACAGAUCAGCAGUGUAUAUGUGUCCUGUGUAUGAUGAAUGAACAUAAACAUCAUGACACUGUCACAGUUACAGCACAGAGGAUAGAGAAAGAGAAACACUUGAAAGAGAGAAUCAAGCAGCAAAUUCAGGAGAUAGAGAAUGAGAUGCAGGAGCUGAUAUUGGCUGAGAUCUUUUAUGAGUGCACUGCUCAGACCGCAGUGAAGGAGAGUGAGAGGAUCUUUACUGAGCUGAUCCGCUCGAUUGAGAGAAGUCGCUCUGAAGUGACACAGCUGAUAGAAGAUCAGAAAAAAGCUGCAGUUAGUCAAACUAAAGAAUUCUUGAAGCAACUACAGCAGAAGAUUGAUGAUCUGAGAGGGACAGAAGCUGAGCUAGAGCAGCUUUCACUUUCAGAAGACAUCCAGUUCCUCCAGAGUUUCCAGUCUCUCUCUGUCCUGCCUAUGGACUCACCCAACUCCAUCAUUGUUAGUUCUCUCCGUUCCUUUGAUAAUGUACAAAAAUCUGUCUCUCAUCUGAGAAUGAAGCUUGAGGAUUUCUGCCAAAAGGAGAUAACAAUGAUAUCUGGUAGAGUGAACUGCACCCAUAUCUUCACCGUUCCUGAACCCAAGACCAGGGAAGAGUUCCUCUAGUAUCGCAGUCUCUUGACUCUGGAUCCAAACACAGUGAACAAAAAACUCCGCCUGUCUGAGUGGAACAGAAAGGCUACUUAAAAUAAGAAAAGCAAGAAGUAUCCUGAUCAUCCAGACAGAUUUGAUCCUUGUGAGCAGGUUUUGUGUAGAGAGAGAGUGUGUGGACGCUGUUACUGGGAGGUUGAGUUGAGUAAUGAUGUGGCUGUAUCAGUGGCAUAUAAGAGCAUUAGCAGGAAAGGAGCAGUUGAUGAAUCUUUGCUUGGAUGUAAUGGUCAGUCCUGGAAACUGUCCGGUACUCGCUGGAGUUGUUCAUUCCGG